AUGGAGGAUGAUGUUACUAUUGAAGAUGAAAUUGAUUCAAAUGAUAGAAUAUUAUCGGAAUCGGAAAAUAAACUAGAUUCAACGAAAUGGUCUUUUCUAUAUCAAAUAUUUAUUCAACAAUGGAAAAUUCUUUUAUUUAUAUUAAUAUUAACUAUUAUUUGGAUUUAUUUCAAACGAAAUCGAAGAGAAAAUACAAAUCUAUCAGAUGAUUCAUUUAAUCGAUAUGAACAUAUGGAACGUAUAAGACAACGACAACAAAAAGAAUAUGAAGAACAAGCUAAACGUCGUGCAGAAGAAAAAAAAACUAAAAUUGAAGCAUUAAAAUCCACAACCGAUGAAAAAUCUAGUCGAUUAAAAUAUCGAUCAAAUGAUCAUAAUCCUUUAACAGGUCAAUCAACUCGAAGUGAAGGUGGAUCAUGUUCAUGGCGUCCAUCAUCUAAACGAGGACCAGGUGGUGCUGGAGGAUGA